UAUAAGGUGUUUCGUGUAUCUCAAACCUGAGUCAAGGUGUAUACCCAGAUAUUUAGCGCAGUUACUCGGUUCUAUAAUACUACCAUUUAAAUCAAAACUCAAAGUUGGUUUCUGUCUUGGUUCCUUUAGUACUACUACUAUUACUUUUGCUACUUGCCAACUCUAGGUCAUUCUCUAUCAUCCACCUGUCGACUUUUCUGUAACGACUUGUCACCUUAUCUUCAAUAUCCCCAUUUAGUAUGUUAGUUUGCCCAUAGUCUAUUUCUAAUACUCUGUUGUACAGUACAUUCCAUAGAGUAGGUCCCAAAAUGGACCCUUGUGGUUCUCCUGAUGAGAGUUUCAUGUGUGUAUUAAUUGCUACAUUUAAAUAUCUGUUUGUCAGAUAUUUAUUAAUGAUAUUUAUGAUGUAGUCGGACACUCCUGCCACUUCUAUGUGAUGCCAAUUUGCAGAGUUGAAACAUCACAAGACUGGCUUAUCUUUUUUCCGAUCUUUUUACAGUUUCAGAAAUCUUCUUCACCGCAUCUAUAGCCGAUGUGGCUUUUCUUAAACCGUACUGUCUAUCUGAAAUUUUUCCCAGAACUUCAAGUUCUUCAUCAAGACAUUCUUUAUAAGACCUUCAUAGAAUUUUCCUACGCAAUCUGGUAAACACAGAGGUCUAUAUGAGUUGGCUUCGUCCGGUUGUUAAGUCCUAAGUAAUUUUUAUAAAAUACAUUAUUCAUAAGAUUAACUAUCUAUAAUUAUUUUAAACAAAACUCAAACUUAAGUAUAUAUAAAAUUCAAUCACUCUGAAGAACCUGAUGAAAAUAUUUCUCUAUUGACUUGUGUUUUCUGCUUUUCUUUUCCAGUCCCUCACCCUAACUUGUGUCUUCCUCCACUUUAUUAAUCCACCUGUUUCUGGGUCUACCUACAUUGAUGAUUUCCCUACAUCAUUUCAAUCACACGAAAUCAAAGUAUUCCUUAAUUUAUACGGAUUAAUUGUUGACAAUGGAUAUUAUUUAUGAUGUGAGCUGUCAGAGAUAGUAGAGUAUGUCGAAAAAUCAGGUUGCGAAGUUCUGCGAGCAAGAGAUGAAUGGGGGUAUACACCUGCUCACUGGGCAGCCCUCGACGGUAACGUUGAGAUCAUGCGAUAUAUUGUCGAUAAAGGUGCUCCUAUAGAUCUUCCUUGCCUCGGUACUCAAGGACCACGACCGAUACACUGGGCUUGUAGAAAAGGUCACACAGCAGCAGUUCAGGUUUUACUGCAGGCAGGUGUAGCUGUAAACGCAGCUGAUUUUAAAGGGCUAACGCCAUUAAUGACAGCUUGCAUGUUCGGAAGAACAGCCACGGCUGCGUUUCUGUUAGGUAUGGGAGCUUCAAAUGAUUUAAUGGAUAUUAAUGGCGACACUGCUCUGCACUGGGCAGCAUAUAAAGGACAUGCCGACUUAAUCAGGUUGUUGAUGUAUUCUGGUAGUAAUCUUCAAAAGCCAGAUCACUUCGGAUCAACGCCUCUACAUUUAGCUUGUUUAUCGGGAAAUUUAACAUGUGUAAAAUUACUUUGCGAAAAAAGUAACAUCAACUUAGAACCGUUAGAUAAGAACGAUAAGACGCCCUUGAUGCUUGCUCAAAGUCAUAGACACAAUGAUAUAGUAGAACUCUUACACACCGAAAAGAAACGACGCUCCAGUUGGUUCCCUCCAUUAAACGAAGUCUGGGGUUUGCUUUUUGGUAAAGCUGGUAAUUCGAAAGCACCUUUAAUCUUUUUUAUGAGCUCAGUUUUGCUAUGGGGAUACCCAAUGUAUAUAAUUAGGUGCAUUCCAAUUACAUGGAAUAUUUUAAGAGGUUCCCACUAUUGCUUUAUUUACUGGAAUGUAGUAAUGUGGAUUUGCUGGAUUGUGGCGAACCGAAAAAAUCCUGGUUACAUUCCGAUGAACUCCGAAUCAUACCAUAGAUCCAUAAAACAAAUACCAAUGUUUGAUAAAUGGAAAAAAAGGAACUCUAUUUUGAAUAGGCUUUGUCAUACUUGUAGGUGUCUAAGACCUUUAAGGGCUAAACAUUGUAGAAUAUGCAAUCGAUGCGUCUCGUACUUUGACCAUCAUUGUCCAUUUAUUUACAACUGCGUAGGAUUGAGAAAUAGAACCUGGUUUUUUCUCUUUGUGAUGAGUAUAGCAGUUAAUUGUUCUUUUACGAUUUACUUUGCAAUGUACUGUAUAGCUUUGGAAGGCUUCGGAAUAUUAUAUAUUCUGGGAUUGCUAGAAGCGUUUAUUUUUUCUGGAUUAGGAUGGAUUCUUACAUGUACCUCGAUCCUCCACGCUUGCAUGAAUCUCACAACCAACGAAAUGUUCAAUUACAAGCGAUAUCCAUAUCUCCGAGACAAGAGAGGAAGAUACCUAAAUCCAUUCUCUAGGGGUCCAAUUUUAAAUCUUAUCGAAUUCUUCUUUUGCACCCCUGAAGACUACGACGACGAUUAUGGGUACGAUUAUAUAUGAUACAGGAAAAAUAGCUCGAAUGCCGACAAAAAUUCACAAAGAUAGCUUUGCAGCUUGUAAAAUAUUAUUGGUAAACAUAUUACUAUAUGUUUCAGGAUAAGAAUGAUAAUGGUAUGGAAAGACAAUAUAAUAAACGAUAAAGAUGCAGAUUACUGGUUUAGACGAGAUGAGAAAGAUAUCCGUUCGUGUAUCGGUGGUUAAUUUAUAACUUUUCAGUUAAUCAAAGACUACUGCACUCUAAAUUAAAUAGAAGCAAUACUAAUACAAGUGCCUAAUACACCUAUCUAAUUAUUUUAAAAAUUUAUUUAUAUGUAUACAGGGUGGCCGAACCAAAACGAAACAGAGACACUAUCGGGAACUACAUUUUUUAAAAACCCAGCGAUAGCUAAAUUUUGGAUUAAAAGGGGGACAAACUUUUUCGGUAUUUUUAUUAUUUUACUUUCACCCUUAAGCCAGGUUAAGAAUCACCCCGACAUUUUAUAAUGACGAUGAGGGUAAAAUAAGAUCGUUUUAAAGCCCUUCUGAUUCCCUGUACAUUAGCCUUUAAAAUUUUAAAUUCGGUUUAAUAUUUUAUUUUAUUUAUUUAAAAAAACUUUGAAAUUUAAAUUGGAUUUACCUCCUUAAUUAGUUAAUUCAGUACGCUACUGGUUUAGAUUGUAAUUUCUUUCUUCGCGCAGCUUUUGGUUUUUGUCAUAUUUGUCACCCUUGAAAAAAAAAUUAACAUGUCUCUGGGUUUUUGUGUUGUUCUUCCGGCCACCCUAUAUAUUAUUCAUGGUAAUAUUACCUAUUUAUCUGAAACAUAUAGUACAGUUAAAUGUGGUCUUUUGCGAUGCAAAAUAAUUAGUUUGUUACAUUAACUUCAAUGUUAUAAUUUUAUAUAAAAUAAAAAAAUAUUAAAUUGUU